AUGGCUGGCCCAAAGUUCUCCCCGCUGCUCACCUUCGCCAUCUUCGCCAUUGGAGUCUUGAUCUCGCGCGCGCCCUUCAUGAUGACGACCCGUCCAGCAUCCGACGCAAAGCCCUGGGCCGACGGCCCCAUGAAGCUCGUCCAGACGCCGCAGUACGCGACGAAAAAGACCGACAUCUUCACCUCGGGAGCCACGCACAUGGCCCUGCUGCACAACGCCAUCCUGCGCGGCUACAACAGCAUCUACCUCCAGGUCCCGCACGUCCCGGACGCCGACAAGGCCGACUUUAUCGGCUACUGCCUGACCUGGCACAAGUUUGUCGUCUCGCACCACGACGACGAGGAGGAGGUGCUCUUCAAGAAGGUCGAGGAGCUGCUCGACGACAAGACGAUCUGGACCGAGACGCACAAGGAGCACGAAUCCUUCCUCAAGGGCCUCGCCGACUUCAAGACCUACCUGACCACCCUCCCCUCCCCGGCGGCCCUCAGCCCCGCGGCCCUGCAGCACGUCAUGUCCUCCUUCCAGCAGCCCUUCGAGCAGCACUUCCACUCCGAGAUCGCCACCAUCGCCGCCCUGUCCUCCCACCCGCGGGCCCCGGAGCGGGGCACCCCGGCCGAGGCCGCCGCCUCGGCCACGUUCAAGGCCUGGGGCAAGGCCACCGUCAGCAAGGCCGGCACCUGGGACGUGGUGCCCUUCUUCCUGCUCAACCUCGACGGCACGGCCGAGGAGGGCGCCUGGGCCAGCUGGCCGCCCAUGCCGGCGCCCAUCCGCUGGGGCCUCGUCAACAUCGCCGGCGCGUGGUACUCGCGCUGGUGGAGGUUCUCGAGCUGCGACGCCGGCGGCCGGCCGAGGGAGCUGUACGCGCUGCAGUUCCCCGAGCAGAAGGCUUGA